ACAGUGCUCAAGCAGGCGAGCAUAUGAGAACUCAGUAAUCUACGUCUGAGCAGUUGCUUACCGUACCUGGACUGCAUGCGAGCGUCACUCUCGAAUACUGCAUGCCCGCCGCGCUCGUCCGGAGCAGUUUGGGCUCGAUACUGCAGGGGUUCUCCGAACCGUUUCGGCUCAAUCUCACCGCGUAGCAUGCGUGCAACUGGACAAGUUAAUUCAAAUGUGAAUACUGUCAUUAUUAAAUGGACUGUUUUUUUAGCCGAUCAUCCUCUCGGAGAAGAUCAGCGUAAUGUCAAGAUUAUUGCGAGCUUGUGCGAUAAACGUAGCAGGCAGCAUUUUCUCGACGAGAAGCCAGCGUGUGUGGUUCCUGGAACAAAUUCGGAAUUGCAGAUCGUUGGCUCAAGCGAGUUUCACUUCCUUCCUGCAGGACGCAAGUUUAUAUUUCAUUUGCAGCUCAAGGGUGCGGAUUUGUUGUUGCAGCUUGAUGCCGAAACGCCAAGCGUCUCGGAAGGUGUCAAGCCGUUUCUCGCUAAGCAACUGCCCGCGUACAUGUGGCCAACCUAUGUCGGCGAAGAGCAUCAACUUGGAGAAUGGCUGUCGGAAUGUCCAGAGGAUACUGUUUGGACGACCGCCCCUGUUAGCGAUCGGCUGAUGCAGUCAUUAUGGUCAAACGCUUGCUUCACGUUGCCGAGCCCUGGCUCCCCCAUCGUGGCCUGCCCAAAUCCAAUUUCACGAUAUUGUUUGGAUUUGACAAAAGGCUGCCCGUGGCUCCGGUCAAAAAAAGUCAGGCGGCACAAAAACGACUUUUAUCUUACAGUUGACGCUGAUUAUACUGGAUCCUUUUGGGCUUGUGAGGAGACGCAUCGGCUGAGCGGAAAGGGCACCUGGAUAACGCGCGAAUUAGUGGACGCUUUGGACCGUUGCCGGAAUGACAAAACUGACUUGAAGGUGUAUUCGAUUGAAUUGUGGGAAAAGGACGGCGACAAGCUUGCUGCAGCUAUCAUGGCGCUUAGCGUGGGAGAUGUUUUCCAUGACUACACAACUGCUACAAUGAUUCGCGAUACACGUUCUGCUGGAGCUAUCCUCACGAAAGUUGUUGGCUAUCUUCUCGCUGAAUGCGGUUUCACUCUGUGGUACUGGGGGUUUAAAAACCCAUAUAUGGCUGAAUAUGAUGGAAAAUUCGGCGGGAUGCAGCUGGAGAACAAACGCGAAUUCUGGCCCAAAUGGCGUCGUGCACUCUUGGGUGUCGAUGGCGAAGGUCAACCUUACCCGAAGCCACAAUCGUUCAAGCAAUUCGUCCUUUCCAAGUGCGGCGCAGGCGAUGGCAAACUUUAUCUUGAUACCUUGCAGUGAUGAAAGUUGUCAAGACGCAUGCUUGAGAGCGGGCCGGCAGUUGUGCGACACGUUUACGCAUGCCCGCCGCGUUCGUCCCACGGAGACGAACACUAGAUUGAACUCUUCCGACGACGCUCCCACCCUUCACGGGCGUUGGGAGGCGCGAGGUUCCGUGAAGGACCGCGUGCGAGAAGCGGAGCCACGACCGACAAGGCACGGCGGGAUUGCAGAAGGGAGUGGACGGGAGCGGCCAGCGAUACGGAGUCCAGUCGCACAAGAGUUUGAGUCCAGGGCGCGAGAAGGCGUGCGUGGGAAGGCGAAUGCGUCCUCCUCCUCUUC